UUUUUCAAUUCCUACAUAAUUUAGUCAAAUGGAAAAAAGUUGAUCUUUAAGGAGGGAGUAAUACUCGAUGGCUCAAAAAAUUGACAAAACCUUCGUCGCUACUUGAAUCCACAGCGAUAAACCACCUUUAUGAAAUGGCGCCAAAACCUUUCAACUUUCCCGUCAAGCGUACAACCGCCAUUUUCCUUCUAACCGCAACCACCGCUGCCGCUACUGCCAACUCCGACAAGCUCUCCUCUCUCACCGCCGACAAAAUCAGUCCUCAAAUCCACGGCAUCGUCCGCACCGCUCGCGCCGUCUCCACCGUUGCUUCCACUGUCAUCGACUACGAAUUCUCACUUUACGGCCAUCAAAGAGACUCCGAUCAGUAUCGUCAGACAAUUUCCCAGGUUCAUCUACGUUCUGCGGAGAGGUUUCUGAAGUUAUGCGAAGCCAACAAAGGGUUUUAUGUAAAAGCUGGACAGUUCAUUGCUUCGCAAAAAGUGCUUCCGAAAGAGUACUCUUCAACUUUGUCUGCGUUACAGGAUCAGGUUGCUUCUCUUUCAUUUAAAGUCAUUGAGAAAGUGUUGAAGGAUAAUCUUGGACCUGAUUUCUCUGAGAUGUUUUUGUCCAUUGAUGAACAGCCUAUAGGCGCUGCAUCUAUUGCUCAAGUUCACCAUGCAGUACUAAAAGAUGGUCAAGAAGUAGCAAUCAAGGUGCAAUAUCCUUGGAUAGAGCAACAGAUGCAUUUUGAUACAAGAACAAUGUAUUUCCUAUCAAAGACUAUUGCAUGGCUAUACCCUCAAUACAGGUUUGAGUGGCUACCAUUAGCAUUUGCCAAAACUGUGUCUUCAGAACUUGAUUUUGUUCAGGAGGCAAGGAAUUCUGAGAGAGCAGCCAAAAAUUUCAGAAACAACAAAAUGGUCAGAAUUCCUCAUGUAUUCUGGGAGUUGACAACAAGGCAAGUCCUAACCAUGCAGUUUUAUACAGGACACAAGAUUGAUGACUUGGAUUUUCUGAAUCGGAUUGGGGUUGAUCCAGAAAAGGUAGCAAAAUCACUGAUUGAGCUGUUUGCUGAAAUGAUAUUUGUGCAUGGUUACAUACACGGUGAUCCACAUCCUGGUAAUAUACUAGUUUCUCCUGAAGGUCCUAAUGGUUUCUCUUUGGUUCUUCUAGAUCAUGCAGUGUACAGGGAAUUGGAUGAAGAAUUUAGAAAAGACUUCUGUCAGUUAUGGGAAGCUUUGAUUCUCAAGGACUUGAAGAAAACACUGUGGCUUGGUGAGCAAUUUGGUGCCGGGAAGUAUUCUCGAUACUUACCCAUCAUUUUCACUGGAACAACUAUUGAAAGCAAAUAUUCUUAUGGAAUGUCAAUCAAGGAAAAAGAGACUAUGAAACAUGAAUUAAAAUCUCUGUUGUUUGAGGACUUGUCUUCAUUCAUGGAAUCUAUGCCGCCAGAUUUUAUUGCUAUAUUGCGUGUUGAUGCACUGCUAAGGUCUACCAUUAGAAAGAUGGAUGUCUCACGGUUCAUCAGAUUGCAAACUUACACCAAAUAUGCAGUAUAUGGUCGUCUAUGUCCAAAAUUGAAUAGUGAAUUGUGUAAAAUGCCCGGAACACACAUUUAUUUCGCUGUGAAAGCUGUUUUCUUAAGUUUCAUAUCAACAUUAAAAUAUCUCCAUAUCCUAAUCAAAGUCCUUAUGGGGGCCAUUGAGGGUACCCCUUGGCAGCACAAAGUGAAGUAUGUACAGAAUUACUUGUAUCGCAAGAUUGGUAGUACCGACCUCUGGGGCCUUCUGGUCCAUUCCAUUUUUCUUCUUUUUUGUAUUCGUCCUGAUGCUUUGUUUUGAACAUUUGAAUUCUAUGUCUAAAGAGAGAGCUCGUUGACGGUAUACGAGCUCCAUCCUAAUGCAGGUCGCAAUCUGCAAAUUGCCAAAAAUUGGGGUCAAUCUUCGAGCUUUCCAUCUAAAAGCUUGAGUUAUAAUCACCUUUGGAAUUACAUAUUUUCUGUCAAAUGUCACAAACUGAGUAAAACAACAAAUUAUAGAGUUGAAAAGUCACAUACUGAAUGAUAAAAGUUACAUAUUUACUGCCAAAGUCACUGAAGCUUCAGCACUAAUUUUAUAAUUUUUUUUAGAGUGCCUUGUAAACAAUUUAUUAAGAUUUAAUAACAAAGAAUUGUGUGAACUUCUGGAAGAGCUUAUAAAAA